CUCCCUCCCGUCCCGUUGCUGUGCGCCACGCGUCCCCCGGAGCUGCCGCCCCCAGCCACCGCUCCAGGAGCUGGCGCCCCUUGGCCGGCGCCCCCAGCCUCCGCCGCCCGAGGCCACCGCGGCCCAGGGCUGCCGCGCCGAGGAGCCCCGCCCGCAGACGACCAUCAGCAGGGGCCAGGAAUAUCUAGGCGACUCACAUCCACCAAUUCCAAUCUCAUUGUCGCUGGCCGUUGCUUUCUCCACUUCGCCCACCAUGCUCUCCGCCAUGGCCGCGCGCUGCCCCGUGACCGCGAGCAGCUCACGCCGCCCUCCUCUCCCAGCUCAGGCGGCGGCGGCGGCGGCGGCUGCUGCUGCUGCUGGCCCUUUCUCUUCCCCUGCGGUUCGUGGAGUCAGAUCGGGGGCGGGAGCGAAGCGCUCGCUCCUUCGGCCGUGCCCGAUGCUGCUGACGUCUGUGGCAGUGGGGAGUUUGGUUGCCGCUGGGGCCGCUAAUGCUGCCGAGCUAUUGGAUCCUCUGCACGGAUCAUCAGAACUUCUUCUGGCUGAUCUUGGCAUUGGAGAUUGGUUUGGGGGUUUGCUGUUUUCUGCUGGACAGCAGGCUAACGAGGCUGUUCAGGAUCAGCUAUCUGCUCUUAGUUUCUCUAGCUUGGCAGUUAUUUUCGGUGCUGGACUUGUAACUAGUUUGUCUCCAUGUACACUCAGCGUUCUACCAUUGACCCUAGGAUAUAUAGGUGCAUUUGGCUCUGGAAAAGGCCGAACCGAGGUUAUCGGAAAUUCAGUAGCAUUUUCAUUAGGACUGGCAACAACCUUAGCUAUUCUUGGUGUUGCUGCUUCGUUUGCUGGAAAGGCUUAUGGUCAGGUUGGACAAGGACUCCCAGUGGCUGCUUCUGGAUUGGCCAUCAUCAUGGGACUGAACCUUCUAGAGGUAGUUGAGUUGCAACUUCCCUCCUUUUUCAGCGAUUUUGAUCCUCGAGCUGCUGCUGCUAACCUCCCUUCAAGUGUACAAGCAUAUCUUGCUGGUCUUACAUUUGCAUUAGCAGCAUCACCUUGCAGCACACCUGUUCUUGCUACCCUUCUGGGAUAUGUUGCCACUUCAAGAGACCCCAUUAUUGGAGGAAGCUUAUUGUUGACAUACACAACGGGCUAUGUUGCGCCUCUUCUUAUUGCAGCUUCUUUUGCUGGAGCAUUACAGAGUUUGUUGUCAUUCCGAAGAUACUCAGCAUGGAUAAACCCAAUCAGUGGUGCAUUUCUACUUGGUGGAGGUGUCUACACCCUUCUGGACAGGGUGUUUCCUGCAACAUCAAUGGCAAUGUAGGACAUUGUUGGACAAGAACUGCAAGACAACAGUCCAUUGAACAUGUGAUAGCAAUGUCUUUAGAUGUACAGUAGGUAAUGAUCAAGCACUGACAGAGUAUUUUUGGUUCUCUCUGCAAUGUAUAGGCGUGUAAAUGAUUCCAGACAGCCAAGACAUCUUUACCUCAUUAGUCUGUACUGUAAGGGCCUCAAUAAUUGGAGGUGUACCCUGUUAAAAUUACUUACAUCUGGAGACUGGAAGGAUUAUAUAAUACAUGAAAUCCAUAUAUGCGUAUGUACCUAAGGAUCGGUGUUUGAACCAA